GAGAGAGAGAGAGACUAUUCUCCGCCCUUGCUCCUCGGUCACGUGUCACGCGAUUCCUCUCCCGGGACGGUCAGAACCAUAGCGGAGAGGCGGCUGCCGGCGCCCUCAGCCUUCUCGGGUUUCCCUUAAAAGUAUCCGAGCGCGCGAAGCCAAGGCGGAGGGUCUCCUCAUCCCUCGUUUGGUGCCCGGCCGCUGGCAAAGCGGAGGUUUGGGAAGGCGGCCGGAGCGCCUUUUUUCCCACCCCCACUUCCUUUGCUCAGCCACCUGCCCCCCCCUACGCCUAGCUGCGAGUGGAUUCUCCUUGCGUGUUUCCCGCCGCCUGAAGUAGGGUUUUUUUUUUUUUUUUUUUUUUCCGAUCGGGGCUCCUGGCCCGCGCUGCUCUUCGGAGUUGUCACGGCAGCGGCCGCAGCUUGUCUCUUCCGCGCUCCUCCUCUCGCGCUCUCCCCGCGCUCCCCGCGCCUCCUCUUCCCCCGCAGAGCCAUGGGGCUCCUGUCGCAAGGCUCGCCGCUCAGCUGGGAGAAGACGCAGCGGCACGCGGAGCACGUGCGCAAACACGGCAUCCAGCAGUUCCUGCACAUCUACCGCGCCGUCGGGGAGAGGCACAAGGACGUGCUCAAGUGGGGUGACGAGGUGGAAUAUAUGUUGGUAGCUUUUGACCAUAAAAAUAAGAGAGCACGGUUGUUAUUAACUGGAGAAGAAGUACUUCAUACUUUACAAGAAAAAGGUGAAAGAAUAAAUCCAAACCAUCCAACAUUAUGGAGGCCAGAGUAUGGAAGCUACAUGAUCGAAGGGACUCCUGGGCAGCCAUAUGGAGGAACAAUGUCUGAAUUUAACACUGUACAGGACAACAUGAGGAAGCGGCGCCAGGAAGCUGCUUCAGUACUAAAAAAAGAUGAAGCUGUUUGCACUGUCACAUCAUUUCCAAGAUUAGGUUGUCCAGGAUUUACGAUACCAGAGUAUCAUCCAACACCUAUUGAGAUGGGAGCCUCAAAGUCUCUUUUCUUCCCAGAUGAGGCUAUAAACAAACAUCCCAGGUUUAGUACUUUAACGAGAAAUAUUCGACAUAGAAGAGGCGAAAAAGUAAUUAUAAAUGUACCAGUAUUUAAAGACAAGAAUACUCCAUCGCCGUUUAAAGAAACAUUUCCUAGUGAUGAUGGUGAAGCAGUAAGAGCAGCUAAGCCCGAUCAUGUAUAUAUGGAUGCCAUGGGAUUUGGCAUGGGCAAUUGUUGCCUUCAGGUAACAUUCCAGGCCUGCAGCAUUUUUGAAGCAAGAUACCUUUAUGAUCAGCUAGCCACAAUCUGUCCCAUUGUGAUGGCUUUAAGUGCUGCAGCUCCUUUUUACAGAGGCUAUGUGACAGAUAUUGAUUGCCGUUGGGGAGUUAUAUCUGCAUCAGUAGAUGACAGAACAAGAGAGGAGAGGGGUCUAGAGCCAUUGAAGAACAACCGUUUCAGAAUCAAUAAAUCCAGAUACGAUUCCAUAGACAGUUAUCUCUCAGAAUGCGGUGAAAAGUACAAUGACAUUGAUUUGACAAUAGAUAAAGAAAUCUAUGAGCAUCUAGUAAAAGAGGGCAUUGAUCAUCUUUUGGCACAACACAUUGCUCACUUAUUUAUUCGUGACCCUUUGACACUGUUUGAAGAAAAAAUUCAUCUGGAUGAUGCAAAUGAAUCUGAUCAUUUUGAGAAUAUUCAGUCAACAAAUUGGCAGACAAUGAGAUUUAAGCCUCCUCCUCCAAAUUCAGAUAUUGGAUGGAGAGUUGAGUUCAGACCAAUGGAGGUCCAGUUAACAGACUUCGAAAACUCAGCAUAUGUUGUGUUUGUUGUAUUGUUAACUCGAGUCAUUCUCUCAUACAAAUUGGAUUUUCUCAUUCCUUUGUCAAAGGUGGAUGAAAACAUGAAAGUAGCUCAGAAACGAGAUGCUGUCCGGCAGGGCAUGUUUUAUUUUAGAAAAGACAUUUCUAAAGGUGGCAAUGCAGUAGUGGAUGGAUGUGGUGCAACUCAAAAUGGUACAGAAACAGAUGUAGAAGAAUAUACGUUAAUGAGCAUAGAUACAAUAAUUAAUGGAAAGGAAGGAGUAUUUCCAGGAUUAAUUCCAAUUUUAAACUCUUACCUUGAAAAUAUGGAAGUGGAUGUGGAUACAAGAUGCAGCAUUCUAAACUAUCUGAAACUAAUAAAAAAAAGAGCAUCAGGCGAAUUAAUGACAGCUGCUAGAUGGAUGCGAGAAUUUGUUGCAAACCAUCCAGAAUACAAGCAUGAUAGUGUGAUCUCAGAAGAGAUGAAUUACAGCCUGAUGUGGAAAUGCAACCAGAUUGCACAAGAGCAAGUUGAAUGUCCCGAGCUGCUUGGAGUGGGCUUAAAUAAACUAAAGUACAGUGGAAUUAAAGCCGCUUCUUAAUGAAAAGUUUUAAUUUGAUAUGUAAUCUGUAAAAUAUCUAAAGGAACACUAGUCACACUACUGCAGUUUCAUAAUGUGAAGAUCAGAUGGUUUUAUUACAUUAUACAAUGGCCAAUCUCAGCUUUCUCUUAAAACUUCCUACAGUAGGUACAUUCUUCUAUUUAAGGUUUAUACUAUGUACAUGUAAAUAAUAUAUAUUUUUGAUUUAAUACCGGUGUAUUUUAGUAUCAUACUAAAAGUCAUUGUGAAACCAACUUAUACCUUUUUACAUACUUACGGUAAUCUGGAAAAAUGUACUGUUUAUCGAACAGCUUUGUAAAUGUAACAUAUUGAUUCUUGUAUAUUAUCUGCAUUCCAGAGCUGAAUGUUUAUUCUGACCAUUGUUGUCUGGAAUGCAGUGAAUAACCUACUGUAUUUUUUUUUAAAUCAGAAUCUGAUUCAUACUUUCCUGUUCUGCCGUACAAAAAUGAUGCAAUCUUAAUCUUGCUGAAAUUAGUGCUAGAAAACUUAACUGACAUCUAUAAAACUACAUUUGUAGUCAUAGCUAAAUUCACAGGUUUGGAUUUAAGUAGAUCUUGGUCCCAGUCCUAGUAGGAUUAAUAAAAAUACUUCCUCUUAAAUAACUUGGGUGUAAAUUAAUAUGUUCUUGUUGCUGGAAGCUUCUAUCACUUCCAGUCAGUAACGUUUUGCAUUAUGUGUACUUAAUUUCAGAUUUCACACUCUGGGGAAAAGUCAUGACCAUGUAGAUUAGCAAUCUGAGAUGCAAAUUUAUUCUGAAUUAAAAUCCAUAUGCUUUUGAAUCAAAGUGCCCUUUUUAAAAAAUUAUUUUAGCUCCAAUGUGUUGUUUUUUUUAUACGAUUCUAUUGACAUGAUACAGGAAUUGACAAAGCCUCAGACCAGACUUCCCUUCCACUUUUUGAUAUGUGAGGUAGCUGGUCCAAUAUGUGAAGAGGUCAAGUUAUUUUUACUUAUUUUAAAAGAAAUGUUGCUAAAUCUGAAGCCUCAAUGUAGCAGUUUGGAUUUUAAAAAAUAAACCAAAUGUGGCAAAACAACCAGCAGAACAUGUACAAGCCUUUAACACUUCUUGUGUGAUAUACAUGUAUUCUUCAAAUUUUUCCCUACUAUAUAACUAUGGAAAGAGAAAUAAUGAAAAUGUAUGAAUGUUUACGAAUCAGGAAUCAGAAGUAUAUAGGAACUGUAGAAAAAUACAGCCAGUUUCUACUGUUGUACAUAAAAAAAAAAAAGAUUAAAAACCCAAAGGUUUUUAAUACUACAUGCCUAAUGAUGACAGAGUAGUGAGUAACUUUGCAGCAGCUUGUGGAAUUGAAAUCUGCGGUUAAACUGUGCUAUGUAUAAGAAAGUAUUUUUUAUUUGAUCGUCCUAAACAGCUCAUAACUCGAUUUCCCAUGCUCUGCUUCUUAUAAGAGACAGCAAUAAAAUUCUUCCCCUCGUG